GCGAGUGUGAACUGGAAACAGUUAUACUAAGGGAGGGAUAGUAUAGUAAAUAAAAAAGAAAAAAAAAGGAAUGAGAGAAUAGGGCAGUUCAGACACUUGGCUGCCGCUUGAGGUUGCACGUGAUCCCGGGAAACGUUCAAACCAAGUUCCAUAUACCCCUCACUCCAUCCACCUAAGGCUUUGGAACCCCUCAAUCCAAAACCUGGAGUUCCCCCCUCCCUGUUUUUGAUUUUCUUUUAUCAAAGAACCAACACUGUCUUUCAGUUCUUGAUUUUUCAAGACCCGUAGGAUUUCUGCAUUUCAUCUUCAAUUUCUGAUACAUAUCUUCUGUUUAAAUUUGAAUUCAAUCGGGAAAGACUUUAUCUUCUCCCCCUUUUCUUUGCUUGGAAAUUGAUUAUUGAGAUUCAAGAAUCUAUCCUUGAAUCUUGGCUCGAGUUUUGUAUGGAAUUCGUGGGGCCUGCGAAUCAGCAUUCAGUUGAUCUUAGUUUCCGAGAUGGGAAUCCUGCGGUUCCACGCGUAAUCAAUGGGGUGCCGCCUAUUAGGGUUGCAAGCAUCAAUCUCGUCCCCUUGCAGCCUCGCCGACUUCACCCCUCGGUGUUUGGACUCAACCCCGAUAUGUUCCUCAGAAUGGAGAUGGAAAGGUCUUCGUCUCUGUUUCAGAUGAUGAUCAACGAGGGUUUGAUCCCAUCAGCAGAAGAUGAAAUGAGGAGGAGAAAUGCUAUUGCCAAGCUAAAGAAGAUAGUAAUGGAAUGGAUUAAAAGGGUUGCUUACCGACACCAACUCCCUAAAAGAUACAUCACAAAUGCUUCUGCUAGGGUAUUGCCGUUUGGAUCAUAUGGCCUUGGGGUUCAUAACUCAGAGUCAGAUAUUGAUGCAUUGUGUGUUGUCCCAUGCUUUGCUAAUAUGGCGGAAGACUUUUUUGUGGUGUUGUUCAACAUACUUUCUGGCAGACCCGAAAUUACAGAAAUCCAUUGUGUCAAAGAUGCAAAAGUCCCUUUAAUGCGCUUUAAAUUUGAUGGGAUCUCCAUUGAUCUCCCAUAUGCUCAACUUAAAGUAACAUCCAUCCCAGAGAAUGUGGAUUUGCUCAAUCCAUUUUUUAUGAGGAAUAUUGAUGAGAGGAGCUGGAGAAGUUUAUCUGGAGUGCGUGCUAAUAUGAGUAUCCUUUACGUUCUUCCAAAUAUUGAGGUAUUCCAAUCUCUGCUGCGUUGCAUUAAAUUAUGGGCAAAAAGACGAGGGCUUUAUGGAAAUUUGCUUGGAUUUUUCGGAGGCAUUCAUUUAGCAGUCCUUUCGACAUUCAUAUGUCAAAAGUAUCCAGCAGCAAAGCUUAGUUCCCUCGUCUCUAUAUUCUUCAAGACGUUUGCCUUUUGGCCUUGUCCAGUUCCAGUAGUUCUUCCAGACAGGCUAAUGCGAUCAAUGUUCAUUCCCAGAGAAAAACCUGGGUUUUGGCCCAUCCAGUUGCCAGGCAGUGAAUUCGAUUACUGUCACUCUAACAUCACCAGAAGCACUUUUCAGAAAAUACGGGCAGAGUUUCUCAGGGGACAUGCUUUGACUAAGGAUAUGUUGAGUCCGAGUUUUGACUGGGCCGUCCUCUUUGAGCCGUUUCCUUAUGCAAAGCAGUACGGACGACUGGUAAAAAUAUCACUUUCAGCAUUCGAUAAAGAUGAUCUGGGCUACUGGGUUUGUUGCGUCAAGUCCCGUUUCCGGUGGCUUCUGGUCAAGCUGGAGGAACUGCAGGGGUUUGUUGAUCCCAACCCCACACAAUAUUUUGACGCAUCAUCAGAAGCUGUUGUGUUCUAUUGGGGAUUACAACCCGGAAGAAAUGCUUGGAUUGACAUAGAAGCACUGGAGGGCGAGAUGAAGAAGGCAGUGAAAACCAUCUAUCAAGGGUCUACCGGACAGAUGAAAUUGUCUAUCGUCAAUGCCUCUCAGUUCACUACUAAGAAGUGGGAAGACGUUUCUAAAAAUGCAGAGCUCCCACCUAUUGUCGCUUGUACUUGAGGCUGUCUAUAUACAUUCUUUGUUACAUUUAACAAUACAUAUAUAAGUCAGAAAAUGGGGCAGAGGAAAUACAAAAAAGGAUUUACUUGUAAAUUGUCACGGAGUAUGCGGUGCUGUAAUAGCUAUACGGCUGGUGUCUUGCUGGGAACCAGUUAACAAAUUAUGAUGAAAAAUUCAAAGAGUGGGUUAAACUCCGGGCUGAAUCGGAUUAUCUUUUUUACUAUGUUUAAUUUUUGCUUGAUAAGCC